CUGCAGAAUGCUUCCCAACACGGCCGUGAUGUGAUACCUUGCCCAAAGCACUAGCACUGGCGUCUCAGUGGAAGCUCCCUGCCAUGUUGCUUGCGCCUACGUCCCAACCUUGAAGUACGGGCUACCUGCAGGGUACCUGCCUGGCUCAUCUGCAUCUCACCCCUGAGCUGUAUCCGUUGAAGCCGUGUGGUUGUCCGCGACCAUGCAAUGCCGCAGCACAACCUUUCCUGCCCCUGGCAUGAGCUUCGGCUGCAUGUGUCUGAUGCCAUCGACGUGACCCCGGGUCCCAUUCGUUCCUCCUCCUCCAUUCCUCCGAAGUAUCGCAACCAACACUUGUCGAUGACUGGCGCCGUCAUCCACUGCUUUGUCUCCGGUCCCCUGGUCUCCGCGUUGAGUCCCACAUUAACUACUAGUAGCACUGCGUAGACAUCGCCGGUCGCCCGUCACUUCCGCUUCUACAAGCUACGGACCGGCAGCAUCAUGGUAGCGGAAAGCAAGUCGGGCUCGUCCAUGGCUGACGGGCCUCUCUACGUCGAGUCGCAGCAGCUCAAGCCUGCGCGCAGGUUCUCUCCGACCAAAUUUGUGUUUUGCGUCAUCUUCGUGCUCGUCUUCGGCGGCAUACUCAACCGGCCUGCCGUCCACUAUUAUCACGGGGCCUCAAACCACGUUUGCCAGAAGUUCAUGUCGGUCGACCAGAGGGCGCAUAGGAUCCUCAGGAAGAAUCCUCUAAUCGACGGCCAUAUUGACCUCGCAAUCGCGUUUCGCCUCUUCUAUGGCAACCGAAUCGACAAUGCUGAAUUCCUGGAGUCCUUUAGGAACGGGACAACUCCAGGCCAGGUAGACCUGUAUCGUCUGAGGAAAGGCCAGGCCGGCGGUGCCUUCUGGAGCGUCUUCGCGCCUUGCCCCGAGGACGCCUUAUCAGAAGAUCAACUUGGUCCGAUUGUUCAGUACACUCUCGACCAAAUUGACGUCACGGCCAGAGCUCUCGGGUCCUUCCCGAAUGACUUUGCUCAGAAGCCAAACAGCGCCAGCGCGCUUCGUGCUUUCAGACAGGGCAAGAUAAUCUCUCCCACGGGUGUUGAAGGACUGCAUCAGAUUGGAAACUCUGCUGCCAAUUUGAGGCUGUUCCAUGAUCUUGGCGUUAGAUACGCCACCCUCACGCACAACUGCCACAACAAGUAUGCGGAUGCAGCCGUUGUCGAACACCCCUUCGGCAAAUCCAAGCCACACUGGGGAGGUGUCAGCGCUGACGGGCGCAAAAUGGUCUACGAGAUGAAUCGCAUUGGCAUGAUUGUAGACCUUUCACAUGUUAGCGACGAUACUAUGAUUGACGUCCUUGGAGGCAAAGACGACUGGGAAGGGUCCAAGGCACCAGUCAUCUUCUCUCACAGCUCUGCCUGGAGCAUCUGCCCCCAUCCCCGCAACGUCAAGGACCACGUUCUCGACCUCGUCAAGAAGCGAAACUCUCUCGUCAUGGUCAACAUCUACCCCGGCUUCAUCUCGUGCAAAGACGUUGGCAAUCAGAAUGGGCUCCCAGAGACCGACCAUGAGCACGCGAACCUCGACCAGAUUGUGAAGCACAUAUUGCACAUUGGUGACCGCAUUGGCUACGACCAUGUCGGUAUUGGUACCGACUUUGACGGUAUCGAGGAGUUGCCUGAGGGCUUCCGCGACGUGUCCAACUACCCUGACCUGGUGGCUGCCCUCUUGAAGGCCGGAGUAAGUGAUGCCGACGCAGCCAAGAUCGUUGGUCGCAAUCUUCUCCGUGUCUGGAGAGAAGUCGACACCGUAUCAGCCAGGAUGAAAGCAAAAGGCGCGCCCGUUCUCGAGGACAACGUCAAAGUCUAGGAGUUAUCCUGAACUGGAACUUUGCGAGGCUGGGAAGCCUUAUCAAACAUUGGAUAUCUAUUUCCGCCCGUACUCGUACAUUGGUGCCUCACAUACAUCCCUAGGACAAUAGCUAGCAUUGCGGCACCCUGCCAUUGUCCAGACUUGCGUUUCCUUAUUUCAUCGCCAUCGACUCAAUUUGCAAGGCUAUCGCUUCAAGCCAAAUAGGAUAGAGCGCGCAAGUUGAAAGGAGAAUACGAAUUGCACUUCGCAGCUUCGCGCGUUGUUCAAUUCCGCCGGAGAAUACGGUUGAGCUUGUUGGCCGUCGCCGUCUGGUUCCUUGUCCGCUGUCCGCGCACCGGCAAUCCCAUGGCAUGCCGCCUGCCGCGAUACGACCCAAUAUCCUUCAGCCUGCGAAUGUUCUCUUGCACCACCCUUCGCGCGUCCGUCUCAAUGGUCAUCUGGGACAGCUCGGCCGUCAGGGAGGUGACGGUUCUCGGUGCCAGUGAGCCCAUCUUGGCGAGUUUGUGUAUCGAGUAUUUGGCCAUAAUGCGUGCCGAAGUGGUCGGGCCGAGGGCGUAAAAGGAUUCGAGGGCUUUCUAUAGUCGAAGAAUCUGGUUAGAUGCUGUGAUGUCUGGGAAUCGUCCGUUCGAGUCUGUCUACCUUGACAAGCUUGCCCUCACCAAAAUUGACUCCUAAUAUGAACACCUGUGAUGCACGCGUCAGCAGAUAGCCAAUAGUCUCUAUGAGUGAAGCA